AUGUCACUCUUCGGACUGCAGCGUAUGCUUGACCAGAAACGGAAUCCCCCUAAGCCACCGACCGAGUCAUUCGCUGGUAGGACCAUUCUCUUGACCGGCGCAACAUCUGGCCUAGGCUUUGAAGCCGCCAAAAAGUUCGUGGGCCUCAAUGUCGACAAACUUAUCAUCACGGCGCGCAACGAAAGCAAAGCUCUGGCAGCGAAGGGGCGGAUCGAGGAAUGGGAAAAGUCGAACCCGAGGGCGGCCGAUGCGAAACAUACCGAGAUCAUUCCGAUGGUCCUCGUCAUGAGCUCGUUCGCCGAUGUCCAAAAGUUGGCAAACGAGCUGAAAGCAAAAUUCCCAGGAGGCAUCGAUGGCGCCAUUCUUAACGCUGGAAUGAUGAACACAACAUACGUCAAAAGCAGUGAUGGUUGGGAAGAGACUCUUCAAGUGAACGCCCUGAGCACCUUCCUCCUCGGCCUUCUCAUCCUGCCACUUCUCAUCGUCUCAGCAGACUCGGGAAGAACCGCAAACUACAAGCCUCACCUGACAUUCAUCUCUUCGGGCACAGCCUGGAUCAUCCAACCAGACGAGAUGAAGGCGUUCAUGGCCAGCGAGAAAGCUCUGGAGGACCUAAGCCAACAAAAGAACUUUCCUGGCGGCCUCUCCGGCGGUGCAGGCCAAUACGCCAGAUCCAAGCUCGUGCUCGAGUAUGCCGUGCGUCAUCUGGCAGCCUCGCCUGCCAUAAAAGGCCUCGACGGGAAGCCCAAGGUAAUCAUCAAUACGAAUUGCCCCGGCCUGUGUAAAAGCGACCUGGGCCGUGAGGUUGGAAAGGGCAAUCCACUCAUUCAGCUUGCAAGGUGGGUGCUAGAGGCCAUUCUUUCUCGCACGGCGGAAGACGGCGCCAACACAUACGUCACGGCGCUGGAGCUUGGCGACGAGUGUCACGGCCAGAUGUGGAAGAAUAAUCGCGCCUUUGAGGUCGGGCCGAUGUUGGCCACGGACGAGGGGAGAAGGUUUGGCGACAAGAUGUGGAAUGAGAUUGUCCACGUUCUGCUCGAGGUUGAUGGCAGUGCAAAGGCUUUCUUGGGCUGA